AUGUUGAAGAAUGAGGAAUUCAGCAAUGGAGACGUCAAACUAGACUGGAGGUUGAGGACUGCUGCUCUCCAUCGCUCCUACCAGGAACGAAAGACACUUUUCUGCAGAUUUGAGGCAAGAGAGAACUGUGAUGGAGGAGGAGGAGGUGCAGGGCGUGUGGGUGUGAAUGGGCAAGGAGCUGCCUCCCUUUCUUUCAGCAGACCCUCCUGUCCCCCUUUGCUGGCGAUGGCCUCUCGAAUGCAGAUGGCUGCGCUCACUUGCUUGAGUCUCCUGCUUCUCUGGAGCCAGGUGCCAGGGGCCCAGGGCCAAAAAUUCCAAUUUGGGCCCUGCCAAGUGAAGGGAGUUCUUCCCCAGAAACUGUGGGAAGCCUUCUGGGCUGUGAAGGACACUAUGCAAGCUCAAGAUAACAUCACGAGUGUCCGGCUGCUGCGGCAGGAAGUUCUGCAGAACGUCUCGGCUGCUGAGAGCUGUUACCUUGUCCACACCCUGCUGGAGUUCUACUUGAAAACUGUUUUCAAAAACUACCACGAUAGAACAGUUGAAGUUAGGACUCUGAAGUCAUUCUCCACUCUGGCCAACAACUUCGUUCUCAUCGGGUCACAACUGCAACCCAGCCAGGAAAAUGAGAUGUUUGCCAUCAGAGACAGUGCACACAGGCGGUUUCUGCUAUUCCGGAGAGCAUUUAAACAGUUGGACAUGGAAGCAGCUCUGACCAAAGCCCUUGGGGAAGUGGAUGUUCUUCUGACCUGGAUGCAGAAAUUCUACAAGUUCUGAAUGUCUAGACCAGGACUCCAUUCCACCUCCACCAGACCAUUCCCUGUGUCAUUUCAAACAGACUCCCUUCCUAUGCUGUUCACUGGACACUUGACACCCUUGGCCAUGGGUCCCAUUUUUGGCCCAGGAAUAUUAUCAAAGAAGUCAUUCUUUAAGCAGCCCCAGCAAGAGUCAGGGAAGGUGCCUCUGGAUGCUGUGGAGUCUACAGAGAAGAUUCCUGUAUUUAUUACAACUCUAUUUAAUUAAUGUCAGUAUUUCAACUGAUGUUCUAUUUAUUUGUGAGACUAUAAGUUCCAUGAAGACAGCAGAAUAUUGUGCCCCAUGCUUGUCCUUUACCCCUCACAAUCCUUGCCACAGUGUGGGGCAGUGGAGGGGUGCUCACUAAGUACUUAAUAAACUGUGGUUUUAAUUUUUUUUGCCUGUCUUUGGAUUAUUGAAAAACAGAGGGGUGCUGGGAUGUAAAACUGAACUUUAGAGAAUGGAAAUCACACUGUCUUCUGAUAUCUGCAGGGACAGAGCAUUGGUGGGCAUGGGGGUGUGGGGAAGAGACAUCAGUUUGAAAAGUAAAUGAUAAAAGAUAAAACGUGGAUUAAAGUGCCCAGCACAAAGCAGAUGCUAACAUUUCAUUUUCCACCCACACUCAACAGCUUACCCCAUCAUCCCUUUUCCUUGGUGCCUUUUUUUUUUUUAUCCUAGUCAUUCUUCCCUAAUCUGCCACUUGAGUGUCAAGCUGACCUGCUGAUGAUGACAUUGCACCUGGAUGUACUGUCCAAUCUGUGAUGACACUCCCUGCUGAUAAAAGGCAACACAACUCAAA